AUGAACCAGGUCUUACCAGCUAUACACUCAGCACAUCACAAACGGGACAACGUCACCCGUCACUCCCAAGAUGAGUGGCUUGGCUUUGACCGAAUAUACCGCCGCUCCCACCCCCCCUCCGAGCGCGCUGAGCGUAUCCCCGGACUGCCUCCCAACUGGGGCAUUCCCAGUGCUUUCCUACUUCCCAAUGGGUACCCUGAUUAUCUCCGAUUGAUCCUAACAUCACGAGUGUACGAUGUUAUCGACGAGAGCCCUCUUCACCAUGCCGUCAACCUCAGCAACCGGCUCGAGAGCCGAGUCCUCCUCAAGCGAGAGGACUUGCUUCCGGUCUUUAGCUUCAAGCUUCGUGGCGCUUACAACAAGAUGGCUCAUCUGAACCCCGAGCAGCGGUGGAAGGGUGUCAUUGCUUGUUCUGCGGGCAACCACGCACAGGGUGUCGCCUAUUCUGCUCGCAAGCUGAGAAUCCCCGCAACCAUCGUUAUGCCCUCCGGUACCCCCGCCAUCAAGCACCUGAACGUUGCCCGCCUGGGAGGGAGCGUGGUUCUCCAUGGAAACGACUUCGAUGCCGCCAAGGACGAGGCCCACCGGUUAGAGAAGCAGCAUGGACUGACCAACAUCCCGCCGUUCGAUGACCCGUACGUCAUUGCUGGUCAAGGAACUAUCGGUAUGGAGCUUUUGCGCCAGGCGAACUUGGAUAAGCUGGAGGCAGUGUUCUGCGGUGUGGGCGGUGGCGGUCUGAUUGCCGGUAUUGGUGUCUACCUCAAGCGUAUCGCACCUCAGGUCAAGAUCAUUGGUGUCGAGGCUCACGACGCCAAUGCUAUGGCCCAGUCAUUGGAUGAGGGUGAACGUGUCUUCCUGAAGGAAGUCGGUCUCUUCGCGGAUGGUGCUGCCGUGAAGUCUGUUGGAGAGGAGACCUGGCGGGUCGCCCGGGAGGUCAUUGAUGAGAUUAUCCAGGUGUCGACGGAUGAGAUCUGCGCUGCCAUUAAGGAUGUCUUUGAGGAUACCCGUUCCGUCAUCGAGCCCGCUGGCGCGCUCAGUCUGGCUGGUCUGAAGAAGUACAUCGCCAAGAACCCCAACCCCGACACCGGUCGUGAGCUCAUCGCCAUUACCUCUGGUGCGAACAUGGACUUUGACCGCCUCCGCUUUGUUGCGGAGCGUGCUGCUCUGGGCGAGAAGAAGGAGGCUCUGCUUAGCGUCAAGAUCCCCGAGAAGCCUGGUGCAUUCGCCAAGCUUGUCGAAGUCAUCCUGCCCCACGCCGUGACUGCCUUCAGCUACCGCUAUGCUCAUGACGACUCGGCUGAUGUUCUCAUGGGAAUCUCUCUGUCUGCACAGACCGGCCGUGACGACCUCGCCAAGAUCUUGGAGGAGCUGGAGAGAGCCGGCAUGUCCACUCGGGACCUGAGCGACGACGAGCUCGCGAAACGCCACGUGCGUUUCAUGGUCGGUGGCCGCUCCCAGGUCGCCGACGAGCGUCUGUUCAUGUUCGAGUUCCCCGAGCGACCCGGUGCGCUGGCCAAGUUCUUGACCACCCUCCGCCCCAACCAGAACAUCUCCCUGUUCCACUACCGCAACUAUGGCGGCGACGUGGGCAAGGUUCUUGCGGCAAUCCAAUGCCCUCCUGCUGAGAAGGACGAUCUCGAGUCCUUCCUUAAGGAUCUGGGCUAUCCGUUCAGCGAGCACACCGAUUCGCCUACCUACCAGACCUUCCUUCGUCCUUGA